AUGAUCACAGUGGAGGUGGGUAAUGUACUAGUGUCUGGUGUUCAUGCUCAUGUUAAGCUGGUGCAAAGAAGAUUUUUAUGGACUGAGAUGAAGUUGAUUAGUGAAUUAAACAAGCCUUGGUUGAUUAUAGGUGAUUUUAAUGUCAUUCUGUUUAUGGAUGAAAAAGUUGGUGGUAAUGCUCCUUCAAGAAGAUCAAUUUUGGAUUUUAAUGAAUGUGUUAGUGAUUGUGAACUCAUUCAAGAUCCUAAAGUAGGCUUGGAUUUCUCUUGGUCUAAUUGUCAAUAUGGUAGCAAAAGAAUUUUAUGUAACUUGGAUAAAGCUCUCUUCAAUAUGAAAUGGCUUCAAAUGUAUGCUGAUUGGGGGUAUAAAGUAGGAAUCAGGGUGGUUUCUGAUCACUCACCUUUAAUGAGAGGUUGUGCAAAUAUCCCUAAACCAAAAAAUGUUCCUCUGAGAUUUCAAAAGAUAUGGCUGGAGCAUCCUGAUUUUAUGCCAAUGGUAAAUGAGUCUUGGGCAAUGCCAAUUCUUGGAGAUCUAGCUUAUGUUUUUAUGAUGAAACUCAAGAGACUAAAAGCAGCUCUGAAAGAAUGGAAUUGGAAUAUCUUUGGCAAUGUUCAAGUUAAAAUCAAAGAAGCAGAAAAGUUAGUUCAAGAAAAAAUGUUAAUUUCAGAUGACAAUCCUCAAGAUGAAAAUGAUCUUUUUGAUCUAGUUAUGGCUCAGAAUGAUUUGAAUUCUAGAGAAGUCCAGCAUAGUAUUAUGAUAAAGCAGGAGUCAAGGAUUCAAUGGGUAAAAGAAGGAUCUGCCAAUACUAAUUUUUUCCAUACAAGCAUCAAGAUUAGACAAACCCAAAAUAUGAUCUGUGAAUUGGAGGAUGAUGAGGGUAAUAUUAUUGCUGACCAAGAUAGAAUUGCUGAUAUCCUUGUUGAAUUCUUUCACAAAAGAUUCCAGUAUCAAGAAGUAAAUAUUUAUGAAACUUUAUUAGAGGUUGUUCCUCAAUUAGUUACUGAAGAAGAUCAAAAUAAUCUUGACAAGAUUCCUGAUUCAAGUGAAAUUAAGCAAGCAGUAUGGGAAAUGAAUGCAGAUGGUGCUCCAGGACCUGAUAGCUUCUCAGGUAUAUUUUACAAACCUUGUUGGGAUAUUAUUCAUAAUGACUUUGUAGAAGCCAUUCAAUAUUGCUGGAAGAGAAAGUACAUUCCAAGAGGUCUUAACUCAAACUUUCUAAUGUUAUUGCCCAAAACUCAAAAUGCUAAGAAGCCAGGUCAGUUCAGGACAAUUGGCCUAAGCAAUUUUAGUUUCAAAUUUUUUACUAAAAUUCUUGCUACUAGAAUGAACAGUUUGAUGGGAAAGUUAGUGUCUCCUCAGCAGGCAGCUUAUAUUAAGGGGAGAAAUAUUCAUGAACAAGUGAUGUUAGCCCCAGAAUUGGUCAAUGAAAUGAAGCAUAAUAGAAGAGGGGGUAAUGUAGGACUUAAGCUUGAUAUAUCACAAGCUUAUGACUCUGUUAACUGGAACUUUCUAUUUCAAGUGCUUCAAAGAUAUGGUUUUUCAGAAUCUUGGUGUGCUUGGCUUCGUGUCUUGUUUUCUUCUGCCAAAAUUUCAGUCAUGGUUAAUGGGGGACCAAGGGGUUUUUUCUUUAUGGAAAGGGGUCUAAAGAAAGGGGAUCCACUAUCUCCUAUAUUAUUUGUAUUGAUGGAAUAUAUGUUGUGCAGAGGGUUAACUAAGUUAGUUGAAACAAGAAAGUUACAACCAAUGGUAAUUAGAAAAGGGGUUUAUCUUACUCAUCUGUUUUUUGCAGAUGAUGUCUUCAUCUUUAGUAAUGGAUCAAAAAAAAGUUUAGAAUCUCUUCUUAGUUUGCUCAAGUGUUAUCAAGACAGCUCAGGUCAGUUGAUAAAUAAGCAGAAAAGUAAGUGCUUUGUGGAUGGGAGCACUCCUUUUAGAAAAGCUCAAAUAUCAAAUCUGUUGCAAAUGGAGCUCACAUCUUUUCCAGAUAAAUAUUUAGGUGUUGUGCUGAAACCAGGGAGAGUUAAAAGUGAUACUGUCUGGCCAAUGGUGGAGAUGAUGCAAGGAUAUUUGGCAGCAUGUAAAGGUAAAUUGUUGUCUUUUCAUGACAGAUUGGUCCUUAUUAAAUCUGUAUUAUGUAACAUUCCCAUUUAUAACAUGUCUGUCUACAAAUGGCCUGCUUCCAUUAUUAAAAUUUGUGAAAGAAUUAUAAGGAAUUUUCUUUGGACUGGUGAUGGUGAAGAGAGAAAGUAUGAUACUUUGAACUGGAACAAGGUGUGCACACCUUUUAAUGAGGGGGGGGGGGGGUCUGGGUAUAAGAAGAUUGAGAAUCACUAA